CGGGGUUCGCGUGCCAGGCCGAGGGGGCGUGUGCACCCGUGCGCCUGUGUGUGCAGGGGUGGUGGAUGGGGCGCGGGCUGGAGCCUUCCAGACCCCACCCCUGCGAGGGGCGCCUCGGUGGAGGGCAGGUCAGCAUCCUGAACUGGGUUUCUGUCCUUGCCUUUCGGCUCUCCAGCCCUGGAGGAGUUAAGCAGAAAUGACCCAUGUAUCAGUAUGCCUUGUUCCUCCCCAAACCCUGAGAACCAGAGCGCAGAACUGGGAGGGGGCGCCUGUCAGCCUCUGUGCCCAGGAGGCUGUGAGGCCCGCGUGGAAUCGACUGUCCAGGCAUCCCGGGGCCCCUGAUGGCUGUCUCGCCAGCUCUGUCUGCAGAGAGAGAAACCCUCCCAGAGCCCCCCCAGGAAAAGCCCGGCUGGACGAGGUCAUGGCUGCUGCAGCCCUCACAAGCCUGUCCACCAGCCCCCUCCUGCUGGGGGCCCCGGCUGUAGCCUUCAGCACAGAGCCCAGCUUGGAGCCUCGGAGGGAGGCCCCGGUGCGGCCACCGGGCAGCAGCGGCAGCAGCGGGGAUGGGGGCUGGGGCCCGGCCAGUGACCAGUCCUCUCCAUCUACCCCGUCGCCCCCGCUGCCACCUGAGGCAGCCCACUUCCUGUUCGGGGAGCCUGCCCUGAGGAAGAGGAAGAGCUCGCUGCAGGGGCUGUUCCAGUGUCUGUGGAAGCGCUGCGGGAAGGUGCUGAGCUCGGCGUCAGGGAUGCAGAGACACAUCCGUCUGGUGCACCUGGGCAGGCGGCAGGCAGAGCCAGAGCAGAGCGACGGCGAGGAGGACUUCUACUACACGGAGCUGGAUGUCGGCGUGGACUCGCUGACCGAUGGGCUGUCUGGCCUGACCCCGGGGUCCCCCACGGCCUCCGCGCCGCCCGCCUUCCCCCGCCUGGAGCCGCUGGAGCUCCCGGCCCCGCCCAGCCUGCUGCGCCCGCCCGCCCUGCCCCCACCCCCGGUGCUGAGCUCCCUGCCCGCCCCCCAGGUGUGCGCCAGUGGCCCCGCUUGCCAGGUGGGUGAGGCCUCGGGUGGCUCUGGAGGGGCGCGAGGCCACAGCGGUGUCUCCUCUCAGGGCUGCCUGGCACCCGUCCACCCGGAGCCACAGCCCAUCCCGGUCAGGGCCUGCGCGCCCGCCCUGCCCGCCAAGCCCGGUGCCAACCCGAGGAAGCCCCGAGGUGACGCCAGGAAGUGCCGGAAGGUGUAUGGCGUGGAGCACCGGGACCUGUGGUGCACGGCCUGCCGCUGGAAGAAGGCCUGCCAGCGCUUCCUGGACUGAGCCCCGCCCGCCGGGGCCUCUCCUAGCUGCAGGGUCUUCUUUCUAACCCGGGGCGGGGGGGGGGGGGCCCGGGCUCCGGGCCCCGGGCCCCACCACUCAAAGUGCCUCUGAAGAAACCAGCCUCUUGGCCUUUUGCACUAAAGCCAAACCUCACAGCUGUCCCCUUGGCCUGGGGUCCCCAGGGGUGGCCGCCCCCCACCUGUCGGCCCUGGACUUGUCAGGGGUGUGACGGGCCCCGCUUUGGGGCCACAUGGGGCCGUCCUCGAUGCACUUUGAGGGGUGUCGGGGAGGGGGCGCCCCUGCCCGCACUUAAUCUGACUGUUUGAGGGCCCGGGUGCACAUUUGUACCGUGUUUGCCAAGCUCAGGUGUCUCACGUCUGGGCUGAACCAGGCGAGGAGUAACAUUAAAGAUUCGGGAUUUUUCCAAAA